UUUGACAGCAGCGUGCUCGUCAUUGUUUUAUAAUCACUUUUUAUAAAGUUUAUUAUUUUCUAGUAUAAACUAACAAAACUCAACCAUAACAUCAUGUUGCGUAGCCUAACACGACUUACAUCGCCAACAUUAUUCAACACACUACGGAUUCGUGGUUUUGCAGCUGCGGAAUCUGGUAAAGAAGUAUUAGUGGAACGCUUGGAUGGCGAACGCAAGGGUAUUACAGUAAUUAGUCUCAACAGACCGCAGGCGAAAAACUCUUUCAGUCGUAGUUUGGUGGAAGAAUUCGAGAGCGUAAUAGAGGAACUGGAACAAGACAACGGUUCUAGAUGUGUGAUUUUACGCAGCUCAUCGCCUGGCAUAUUUUGUGCUGGUGCUGAUCUCAAAGAACGUAAAACCAUGUCGCCAGAUGAAACAAGCGCAUUUGUCACAAGUUUGCGUGAAUUGCUAAUGGCACUGGAACAGUUGCCGAUGCCAUCAAUUGCUGCACUCGAUGGCCAUGCACUCGGCGGUGGAUUGGAAAUGGCUUUGGCUUGUGACAUGCGUACAGCGGCAGACAAUACGAAAAUGGGUUUGGUAGAAACACGUUUAGCAAUUAUACCCGGUGCAGGUGGUACCCAACGUUUGCCACGUAUACUUUCACCCGCGUUGGCCAAAGAACUCAUUUUCACAUCACGUAUACUCAAUGGUAAGGAAGCCAAAGAUUUUGGUAUUGUCAAUCAUGUAGUGCCACAAAAUGAAAGCGGAGAUGCUGCUUAUCAGAAAGCUUUGGAAAUUGCCGAGGAAAUAUUGCCAAAUGGUCCGGUGGGUGUGCGAAUGGCAAAAUUGGCAAUUGAUAAGGGCAUACAAGUUGAUCUAAACACUGGCUAUUCUAUUGAGGAAAUUUGCUAUUCUCAGGUUAUACCAACUAAAGAUCGCUUGGAGGGUUUGCAGGCAUUCGCGGAGAAACGUAAACCAGUCUAUAAGGGAGAGUAAAGUAGAUUUAAUAGUAAAUUAAUAAUUGCAAAACAAACACAUAAAAUUAUUAUUUUUGAUUGCGCGCUUUAUAUUUGUCUAACAAAUAAAAAAAAAAUAGUUUAUAACUCAAAACGCUUUCAUUUUGAAUGUUUACAUUUCUAUUUUCUUUACAUUUCUAUUAGCUUCUUUGCUGGAGUCCUGUUGGUAUAUUUAUGUGAAGAAUGUUGUGUAGAUUGCUAAAUGUGCUAAGUUCGUUUUUAUAGAAAAUGCAUUUAUUUUUAUCAUCCUUUUUAAACUUGUGUU